GGAUUUGUGGGAUAUGAAGUUGGUAUUCCAGAAAACGGCUGUAGCCGAGUCAGGUCUCAGUAAUGUCGAUUCUCCACCUGAGGCGACUUUUGGUUAGUCAAGUUUUUGUGUGUAGUUGGUAAGAAUGAAGUACAGUACUGGUCUGGUAAUGCCUGUCACUUUAUUUCAGUCUGUUGAAUAAGCAGAUGAUGUUAAAUGCUACUGCUGCAGGUACAGUGUUUGUCUGUUGUCUUAGGUUGAAAUUCUAUUUCAUAUUUUUAGAGUGCAGUGUCUUACCACUUUUUUUUUUUUUUUUUUUUUGUUUUUUUUUACAAGACUUUCACAGUAGUGUUUAUUUUUGGGCAGGUGUUCCAGUGGAGCCAGAGCUGCUGCAUUCCUCUCAUUACCAUGACUAAAAACCUGUGUCAACCCUGUGUAUUCGGACUUUUUCCUUUGCAUGGGAUUAUUUGUUGCAUGUAAUUUAGUGUCACCUCUCUGCCUGCGCUGCUUCGGCUGCACGUGUUUCUUUUUGUGUGUGUCUGUUGUGAACUGCCUCUACAAGGUCACCGGGUUGUCGUGCGACCCAAAGCUCAGCUCUUAAGGGGAGAUCACUGAGAAAUGUGACCGCGGGGGCUCCAGCGUGAGCCUCGUGUCAGGGCAGAGGCGAGCUGCUCAGCCCGCCUGUCGGUCGAAGAGACCAGGCUCUUUGGCUUGUCUGGGCCGCCGCCUCCUCCUCCUCCUCCUCCUCCUCCUCUUCCUCUUCCUCCUGUGAAAGCGGUUGUGCUGGACCCAAGAAAUGGGUUUAAUAUCGAUCGGACACUGACCAAACAAGAUGUCCAGAAACUGGAGGAGCUGUGUCUGGAUAAACUCACGGAAAAGUGCAGCCCAUCCCUUGACACGAUCAAAAUGUGAGUUUCUUGAGGAAAUUCAGCGGGCGGUGGAGUCCAGGCUCAGCCCAGUGAGCAGGGAGAUCACUGACAGCAGGGUGAAAACACGGGAGGAAUUAGAUGCCCUGUACCGUAAAAUCAUCACUUACAUCCUGCUGCGCUCAGGCAUGGGCUCACCUGCAGAUGUCAACACUGUGCAGGAGGCUACAGCUGCCCUGCAGAGCGUCUUCCCUCAGACUGAACUGGGAGCCUUCGUGGUGCUCUUAAAGAGGGACAAGGAGCAGCAACUCACUGAGCUCAGCAUGAUUGUCACAGGGAUCCGACUCUUCAACAAAGCCAGCAAGAAGGGAGAAGAAGAGACUGACCUCCGUGAACUAAGUACAGCGCACCAGCCUACCGACAUAAAAAGCACUGUGUGCGCUGUUCUGAGAAGUGCUAAAUUGCCUGCGGUUCUUAAUGAAGCUCUCCCAGUCAUCAGUAAAAGCAUAGAAAAGGAGCUGAGUGUGUCUCAGAGUCUGGCCUGGAAAUACACAGCUGUGCUGGAGAAGCUAACAGAGUCUGACCAUCAGCCUGGAGAAUGUGACGUGCCCACCCUCUUGCUCAGACAGGCUGUCUACAAUGUCAGACAGCAUGAAGCGUUCCUCAAAAUGUUACUGGCUGAUGCACGUUUAUGUGUCAAGCAUAUUGAAUUCCUGCAGACAGAGCUCUCAUCACAGAUCAAGCUGCUGAAAGAAACUGUGCAGUCAAAGACAGCUGUACCCACUGCAAAGGUUUUUCCUCUGUUCAAGGCCCUAUCAAAGCUGUCGUCUGGACUUCAGGAUGAGGCCGAGCUUCUGAAAAUCCUCAGUCACAUCGUGCACGAUCUGCGGCCCUUCCUCGCCUCUCAGGCCAAGAUUUUUUCUGAAGCUUCUUUGGAUGGCCUGCUGGAGAAGUCAGAGGUGAAGACAGAUGAACAGAGGAAGACUGAGUCUUCAGAUGAGCGUAUUGUUCCAGCUGAGAUGAAGACACAGGAAUGGCUCCUACCAGAAACAACAGCCAGUUUUAAUGAGCUGUCGCUACAGUAUGAUGGAAUCUGUGGCUACACACUUGUCAACAGAGACGGGCUUCUACUUCCAGGUAAUCCACACAUCGGAGUCCUGAAACACAAAGAGAAGCUCUAUGUCUUUAGCUCCAAAGAGGCUGCCUUGAAAUUUGCCUCCUCUCCAGACAACUUCAUUGCAGAGGUUGCCGAAAAAGCCAAGCUAUCCCCUGAACUCAUUCAGCUCCUCAAACUCCACCAACAGUUCUCCUGCGUCAGUCCAUACUCUGAGAUGCAGCCAGGAGAGAGUUUAUUGGUAAAGCCCAUCACUAAGUGUGACAGCAGCACACAGACUGACAUCCACCCGGUGGAGACCAACAUUGUCAAGUCAUAUGAGUGGAAUGAGUGGGAGCUGCGACGAAAAGCUAUCAAACUGGCUGAUCUUCUGACCAAAAUGACCCACUCAGCUCAGACUGAUCUGAGCCACAUGAGACGGGAAAACAUCACUCAGACCUGGCUGCCCAAGGACGCUGCCUGUCAAAGCAAGAGAGAUGGUGAGAGCAACGUGCCCAAACCUCAGAUCUACCUGGCAGGUCUGAGGGGACAAAGAGACGGACGCAUGGCCAAAACUAACCUGACCAGAUCUGUGGAUGAAUAAUCAAGGUGUACAAAAGAACAGCUUGUUGUUGAGUAAAAUAAAAGCUUAUGUAAGGCA